AUGGCUAAUUCCAGCACUAAAUACGCAUAUUUAACUAAGAUUGAAAUGCAGAUUUUACGACAAUGUCCCUACCAAUUAACUCUUUCGAUUGAUGAAUUAACAACAUCAGCUGUAAAAAAACACCUGAAUUUUGAGAAUCCACCACGACCACAGAACAGUUGGAUUAUUUUUCGAAAAGAUUAUGAAGCAACUUUACGUCGUCGUCGUAGCCCUGACGUCAAACAAGAAGUCAAACACACGGCUCAAGAAUGUAGCUUGAAGUGGAGACAAUUGUCUAGUGAGGUCAAGCAUUUCUUCAAAAUAUUGGAGAAAAUAGCAUGUGAGAAUCACAAGCGCAUAUAUCCUAAUUAUAAGUAUAAGCCGAAAAAUGCGAAAAAUUCAAACUGCAAAAAAUUCGUUUUUCGAGAACAAAAAAAAUAUCCAGUCAGUUCAUUGUCACCCUCGUUAACAAAUAAAGUUAUGGAUGAUACAACAUCAAUUCGCGCUGACAUCGUUUCGACAAACAUCGAUACUCUUCCUUCUAUGAUCAAUGUUAAUUCCUCAAUUCUACCUCCUACGAUCAACGACGAUGCUGCUUUAUUGAUCAACACUGAGGAAUCCAAUAAUGAUAUCGAUAUCGAUAUCUUAAAAAUAAUUGCAAACUAUUAUGUACUCGAUGAUAUGAAUGAUUUAAAUAACCAUAUGACAUGA